AGUGACUCUUCAAUUCCUGAACAUAAAUACGACCUUCUUUGCUUUCCCACAUUUGCUUACUGCAAUUGCAAACUCUCGCUACAUACAGGAUUAAAUACGCUCUCUACGACCAUUAUUUCAAGAAGAAUAGGCUUGGAGGAUGAGUCCGAACGGGCAGACGAAUGGCGUGGUGGUGAGGGGUGGUCGCACAGAGGGAGGGGCAGAGAAAGUACAAUUGCUGAAGAGGAGGAAUGAUAGUGAAGGAGGAUGGAUUGUGCAGAAAUUUGGGGGGACGAGUGUAGGCAAAUUCGCAAAAAAUAUCGCUGAGGAUAUUGUGAGGGCCAGUCUGAAGAACAAUAAGAUUGCAGUUGUUUGUUCGGCGAGGAGUACGGGGAAGAAGGUCGAGGGUACUACGAGUCGAUUACUAGAAAUCUUCGGUGUCCUCGAGGAAGUCAAUGCGAUCAAAGAUACAGAGUCGGUGCACUACGAGAGUCUAGUCAAUGAGUACGAAAGACUAGUAUACGUGAUUCGAGAAGAUCACAUCAGCGCAGCGAAAUCUUCCAUACAAGACAACACCAUACAAGCGAACCUCAUAAAAGAGAUCGAGAACGAAUGCAAUGAGCUUAUAGAUUACAGAGCCGCGGCUGAGAGGUGGCACCUGGAGAUCAAUGGCAGGAGUAAGGACCGUAUCGUCAGUUUUGGGGAGAAGCUCAGUUGUCGAUUCGUGGCUGCUUUGCUAGAAGACCGAGGAGUCGAGUCUGAAUUCGUCGACUUGUCGGAUGUCAUACAUUUCAAGGCCCUGAAGGGCCUAGAUAUGGAGUUUUACCGAUUGCUCGCUGCUGAACUGAGAGAGAAGAUCUUGGCUUGCGAAAAGCGUGUGCCCGUCGUUACAGGGUAUUUUGGCGCCGUGCCAGGUGGAUUGAUGGAUGGCGAAAUUGGGCGAGGCUAUACCGAUCUCUGCGCUGCUCUUAUUGCUGUGGGCAUGAAGGCAGAGGAGUUACAAGUCUGGAAGGAAGUCGAUGGCAUCUUCACAGCCGACCCUACGAAGGUCCCUACAGCUCGAUUGUUACCGACCAUUACUCCAUCAGAAGCAGCAGAAUUGACAUUUUAUGGCUCAGAGGUCAUUCAUCACCUUACCAUGGACCAAGUCAUCCACGCCACACCACCAAUACAGAUACGUAUCAAGAACGUCAAAAACCCUGUGGGCAGCGGUACUAUCGUCCUUCCAGAUGCGAAAUCUAAUACCACACAUCUCUCACAUUCAAGAAGCUCAAGCAGUUUCUCGUCGUUGACGAGGAAGACACCCAAGAGACCUACAGCUGUUACUAUCAAGGACAAGAUUUCGGUCAUAAACGUCCACUCGAAUAAGCGGUCCAUCUCGCAUGGUUUCUUCGCAAAAGUCUUCUCUAUUCUUGACAGAAAACAGUUGUCGGUUGACUUGAUCUCCACCUCGGAAGUACACGUGUCUAUGGCUAUCCAUUCUGCGAAUCUUUCGGACGAAACUCUAGCAAAAGUAAAAGAGGAGCUAGAAGAGUGUGGAGAAGUCAGCAUAUUGAGCAAGAUGGCUAUCCUGAGUCUCGUGGGUGCGGAGAUGAAGAAUAUGAUUGGUAUCGCAGGACGCAUGUUCAGCACACUUGGUGAACACAACGUCAACAUUGAGAUGAUAUCACAAGGUGCCAGCGAAAUCAACAUUUCUUGCGUGAUAGAUGCAUACGAGGCCACACGAGCCAUGAACAUACUGCACACUAAUCUUUUCACAUUCCUCGAAUAAAACUUAAAGGAAGAGGUUACCAAAAUGGUUCAAAAUUUGGAUGCAUUUCCGGACUAGGGCGUUUAGCAUUCCAGGAGAGGAGCAUUUCUUGCCUACAAAAGGCAAUUUCUUUUCUGCAUACAGAUGAAAACCAGGUGUUCAUACGAUCGAUUCUUGCCUUCUUGUUCAUACUUGAUGUUUAUAACUUCCUAGAACAAGAUUGAUGGUUCC